AUGGCGAAAAUCAAGACCAUAGAACACUUUCGAGUACUCCCCAGAUGGCUCUUUGUCAAGAUAACAGACGAACAAGGCGGUUGCGGAUGGGGUGAAAGCACUCUCGAGGGUCAUUCAGAGUCCAUCGAAGGGACAUUGAACGCCUUUAGUAGACAGAUUCAGGGUUACGAGGCAGAUGAUAUUGAGCAUAUAUGGCAGACAGCAUGGAGACAAGGCUUCUAUCGUGGCGGCCCAGUCUUCAUGUCCGCCCUGUCUGGUAUCGACAUUGCACUCUGGGAUCUCAAAGCCAGACGGCUCGGGGUCCCCAUCUACCAGCUACUGGGUGGUAAAGUGCGGAAUAAGAUAUCCGUUUACGCUUGGAUUGGAGGCGACAGACCGGCUGAUGUAAAGGCAGCUGGUCUAUCAAGGCUUGCCCAGGGUUUCAAGGCUAUCAAAAUGAAUGCUACAGAAGACAUCAACUGGCUAGACUCUCCACGUACUCUCGAAGCCAGCGUCGAAAGACUGAUAACAGUCAAGUACCUAGGCCUCGAUGCUGCUCUUGACUUCCAUGGCCGACUUCACAAACCCAUGGCCAAACAACUCGCUAAGAUGGUUGAGCCAUAUCAGCCCCUAUUCAUCGAGGAGCCACUGCUCUCCGAACACCCAGAGGGCGUAAAGCAGCUCUCCAUCCAAACAACUACCCCCAUAGCACUGGGAGAGCGCCUGUAUAGUCGCUGGGAUGUCAAACGCUUCCUCGAAGACGCGAGUGUCGAUAUCCUACAGCCUGAUAUCAGCCACUGCGGCGGUGUUUCCGAGCUUCGGCGCAUUGCCGCUAUGGCUGAAACGUACGAUGUUGCUAUUGCUCCCCAUUGCCCAUUGGGUCCUAUUGCUUUGGCAGCUUGCAUGCAGGUCGACUUGUCGACCCCGAACUUCGUGAUACAAGAGAUGAGCCUGGGGAUCCAUUACAAUACUACGGAAUCCGGAGAGGAGUAUGAUAUUACCAACUAUAUCAAGGACACAAGUGUAUUCGAUGUUAAAGAUGGAUAUGUGAAGGCGUUGGAUGGUCCAGGGCUUGGGAUAGAAGUGGAUGAGGAAGAGGUGAGGAGGGUUUCUAAAGAUACAAAGCCCUGGGUCACUACUGGCUUCUUUGGACGAGAUGGUAGUAUUCGUGAGUGGUAA